UCAGAGAGAGAUAGAGAUAGCUUCCUUCCUGCUGGUUAAAGCAACGGCUGAGAUCUCCUGCUUACCUUCAACUACAAUCCAAGGCCCACCACCCCAAGACCCAAGAACCCAUCCAUCUCUCCAUUCCUCCUUCAAAAGCAUGUCUUCCAGACCCCAAACCAAAACCCCUGCGAACGCCGGCAAUCGCAGCCCUUCGAUCAAGAAAGAGAAUCUUGAUGUGAUUCCUCCUCUUGACAAGAGGCAGAAAGUCGGAGUAGGCAAGAUGGUGGGCCCCGCGAAUGGUGUUCGUGGUCGCCAGGUGUUUUCGGUGGUCAAUGCAGCUCAAGCUCUCAGUGGGAACGAUCUGAUGGCCAAUGGCAGUUCGGAGUGCGGCAGCAGCGGUGGCUUUGAGUUUACAAGAGAAGAUGUUGAAGCUCUUUUGAAUGAGAAGAUGAAGGGGAAGAAUAAGUUCGAUCAUAAGGGGAAGUGUGAGCAGAUGACUGAAUAUAUAAAGAAGCUAAGGGUUUGUAUCAAAUGGUUUCAAGAACUUGAAGAAAGCUAUGUUCUUGAGCAGGCGAAACUUCGGGAUAUGUUAAAAUCCACUGAGAACGAAUGCCAUGAAAUUGAGCUACAAAUGAAGAGAAAGGAAGAGGAGAUGAAUGAGAUUAUCACGGAUAUUAGGAGAAAAUGCACUUUGUUACAGGAGGAAUUAACAAAGGAAAAAUCCGAAAAAUUGGCAUUGGUUGAUGCAAAGAGAGAAGAAACAGAGGCUAGAGUGGCUGCUGAAAAGUUGAAGGUAUAUUUGUCUGAAGAGCUUGAAAGGGCCCAUCAAGAGGCGCUAAGUGCUAAUCAGCAGAUAACGUCUCUUCAAGAUAUCAAUAAGCGAUUGCAAGAGUAUAACACGAGCUUACAACAAUACAAUAGUAAACUUCAGACAGAUGCUGCAACUGCUGCCGAGACAGUGUCACGGCUGCAAAAGGAGAAAAGCUCGAUGAUGGAAAACCUUAGUAGCUUAAGGGGCCAUUCUGCCUUAUUGCAAGAGCAAUUGACUUCUUCCAAAGCAUCUCAACAAGAAGCUGUAAGACAAAAGGAAAUGUUAAUGAAUGAAGUGGGAUGCCUUAGAGGAGAGUUGCAUCAAGUAAGAGAGGAUCGUGAUCUCCAACUAUCACAGGUGCAGACCUUAAAGUCUGAAAUAGAUAGAUACACCGAAUUUACUGGAAAAUCCUCUGUGGAGUUGGAAAAGUUAACUGCAAAAACAAAUUUACUUGAGGAUAGAUGUGCUUCUCAGAAAGAAGAAAUAAGAAAACUACAACAUCAGCUAGCGGCUGCAAAUGAGAAAUUGCAGAUGGCUGAUUUAACAGCCUUGGAGAAAAUGUCAGAAUAUGAACAACAGAAGAAAGAUUUAGAGGACCUAAGAAUGCAACUAGCAGAUGCUGAUUUUCAGAUUAUAGAAGCAGAGAAGUUGCGAAAAAAACUACACAAUGAUAUACUGGAACUAAAAGGAAAUAUUCGGGUUUUCUGUAGAGUACGGCCUUUGCUACCUGAGGAUGACUGUAAUGGCACAGAACCAACAGUUGUCUCUUAUCCCACUUCAAUUGAAUUUCUUGGACGAGGCAUUGAUUUCAUACAAAAUGGGCAAAAGUAUCCAUUCACUUUUGAUAAAGUAUUCAACCAUGAGGCUUCCCAAGAAGAAGUUUUUGUAGAAAUCUCACAGCUGGUUCAGAGUGCUCUAGAUGGCUACAAGGUCUGUAUAUUCGCAUAUGGUCAAACAGGUUCUGGGAAAACCUAUACCAUGAUGGGUAGGCCGGAAGAUCCGGAGCAAAAGGGAUUGAUACCUCGUUCCCUAGAACAGAUUUUUCAAACCAGCCAAUCACUUUUAUCCCAGGGGUGGUCAUAUAAAAUGCAGGCAUCAAUGUUGGAAAUAUACAAUGAAACAGUCCGUGAUCUAUUAUCCCCAAACCGUUCAAGCAGUCCAGAAAAUAGUUCACUAGGAAAGCAAUACACGAUUAAGCAUGACGCAAAUGGCAAUACAUUCGUCUCUGACCUAACUGUUGUAGAUGUCUGUAGUAUCAGGGAGGUAUCCUCUCUUUUACACCAGGCUUCACAAAGCAGGUCUGUAGGAAAGACUCAAAUGAAUGAGCAGUCUUCGAGGAGUCAUUUUGUUUUCACUUUGCGGAUAACUGGAAUCAAUGAGAGCACUGAACAACAAGUACAAGGUGUUCUAAACCUCAUUGACCUUGCUGGUAGUGAACGUCUUUCCAAGAGUGGCUCAACUGGGGAUCGCCUAAGAGAAACUCAGGCUAUCAACAAAAGUCUAUCAUGUUUGAGUGAUGUUAUCUUCGCAAUUGCUAAGAAAGAAGACCAUGUUCCAUUCAGGAACUCUAAGUUGACAUACCUUCUGCAGCCUUGCCUCGGUGGGAACUCGAAGACACUUAUGUUUGUGAAUGUCUCCCCUGAUCCGUCCUCGGUAAAUGAGUCGCUUUGUUCUCUUCGAUUCGCUGCUCGGGUUAAUGCUUGUGAGAUUGGUGUUGCUCGACGUCAGACCCAUGUGCGGUCUGCUGAUUCUCGCUUGAGUUACGGCUGAGUCGGGCAGCUUGCGGUGGUCCUGCUGUUGUUUUCUCCCCGUUGCAGCGGUGUAAUCUGUUUGAUAUCUUACCAAAGAUCGAAAAAAAAGGGGUUCCUAACAUGAACUACAUGUAAUUUGUAUAUUUAAUGAAAUGUAUUGGAUUUGUAUGGGGUAUUGGAGGGAAUACAUGCCCUUUCAGUGAGCAGCUGAAAUUAUUUUUC